GUACACUUCCGGCUUCCGGUUUCCUGCCGUCACAGAAUCGACAUCGAAAACAAGAUGCGAUUGUCAUAACUCCCCAAAUAUCUGUGAUCACCGAUCAAUGACACCAAUCACCUGGGAUCAUCGGCAACUGUGUUCUUCGAAUGCUGUUUUGUAGGAUCGAUGCAUUCAAACUGACACGAUGCAGUUUUCUCCGAACAACGGAGACUUUACGUUCGUCUCCUCGACAGAAGCGCAAGAGCUGAGUGGCACAAUCGCUGCCCCCGACAUUCAAGUAAAUAUGGGCAGUGACAGUGGCAAAGAUCCAUAUGCCACUGCUUUCCUGAGGCAGCGAGGCUAUGGUUGGCUGCUGGAGGUAGAGGAGGAGGACAACGAGGAGAGCAAACCACUUUUAGAGGAGCUGGACAUUGACCUAAAGGACAUCUAUUACAAGAUCCGCUGUGUGCUGAUGCCAAUGCCUUCAUUGGGUUACAACCGGCAGGUGGUCCGAGAUAAUCCGGACUUCUGGGGCCCCCUCGCUGUGGUGCUGCUCUUCUCCAUGAUCUCCAUCUACGGACAGUUCAGGGUUGUUUCCUGGAUCAUCACCAUCUGGAUAUUUGGAUCACUAACAAUCUUCCUCUUGGCACGUGUACUUGGUGGUGAGGUUUCCUACGGUCAGGUCCUUGGAGUGAUCGGAUAUUCCCUUCUUCCUCUCAUUGUUGUCGCCCCUCUGCUUGUUGUCAUUGGAAGAUUCCAGUUGAUUUCUACCUUAACCAAACUCUUUGGAGUCUUCUGGGCUGCUUACAGCGCUGCUUCACUGCUUGUUGGCGACGAAUUCAAGACCAAGAAGCCUCUUCUCAUAUAUCCCAUUUUCCUUUUGUACAUUUACUUCCUGUCGUUGUACACCGGGGUCUGACGUUCGAUAUGGACCUUUUCAUGGACACUAACCCACGAGCAGAAAAGCCGUUCUUACUUUGGAACCAGGAAUGAUGUAUAUUUCUCUGUUAGAUUGUAGACUGUGGGGAUAUAUACAGUGUGUGUAUAUAUGUAUGUAUAUAUUUAUACAUUAUACACACACUUAUAGUAUUUCCUUGUAUAUAGUUUUGUCUCGUCUUUGUUCAAUAAAAAGCAUCUGUUUUAAA